GACAGGCAAAGCCAGGAGGAAUCAUCAGGCCAGGGUGUCCUCAGGCAUAGAGAAAGAGAGAAAUAGGGUGAUUAGUAAGAGCAUUCGGAUCUAAUUUGUUAUUUUAUCAUUAUUAAUUACACCUUUCAGAUUGCACACAUGAACAUAUAAUUUAAUAAACCUGUAAACGAAACUAUCAUUACGUUAAUUGCAUAUUGCAUCUGUGUACAAAAAUACAUUCUACUCAAUCAAAUUGUAACUUUAUAAUUUCACUUCAUAGACGGAAUAAUGUUCAGUGAACGAUUUAAUGCCAACAAAUCCAAUACGUCAUUUAAAACUAUGUUCAGUUAGCACAACUUUUAUUUUGAAACUAUCCUUGUUUCUUUUACGCUGCUAUGUUAGGGGUGGAAAAAACAGACUGCUUCAACCUGAUUGGCUGAAUGUGAUACGCUACAUAGCCACUUUAGCAUGGCGGUGGGAAAUGGUGUUUCAAAAAGAAAGUACGCAUAUUUUCCCCGUUUUUGUAGCCUUGACAUUGAAUCGUGUUAAGGAGGAUAUCGCAGCCUCUGCAGCCUGGAUAGAGAAUGUUUUAAGCACAGACCGUUUUCACCGGGGGACACUAUAGUGUAUUACCGGCUGGGCACAUUAAGCCCAGACGAUAGUGGAGAUCCAUAGCGCCCACUAGUGGCUUCCCAAGCUACAUGGGGGCGAGGCGUGUGCCACCGUACCAGUCAACACUGUCAGUUCAGAGCGUAAUUUCACUUUACGUCAUUCCUAGCCAGUGUAGUUGUAGGUCUAUCGGCGGAGAAAAAAAUAGCUCCGGCAGUGCCUGUCCUGCUGUUCAGUGAACGGUAGUUGUCUGUGACUAGACUCAUCGGUCUCCUCGACAGCUCGCCAUUGUGUAGAGCUCCACGGCUAUUUUGGAGAACCGCGGCGCGGAAAUGAAAGUAUAGACGGCGAGGAGUUCGAUGUCUGGUGUUCCUCGUUGUAGAUCCUCUGUUCUUGGCGUCAAUUUGACCCCGAUGCAGGAUUUGAAACCCUUGCUGGAACUACAUGUGAUAUAUGUUGGGUAACGGCGUGAAGCGCAAACUGGAUGAGGACGGCCUGGAGGAGGGCAAGGCGCUCCUCACAUCAGCGGCCGGCGCAGCAGGCAGCCACUCAAGGGUUAACUACACGCUGCAGCGCCAGACGGUGCUAAACAUCUCCUUGAUGAAGCUGUAUGGGCCGCCGCGGACGCCCGCCACCGAGCCAGCCCUUCAGCGCCGCGUGCUCAUCAACAACGUCAUCCGCCGCAUCCACCACGAGUUCAAAGAGGAAGGCGGUGCGGGGCUGCGCGCACACUUCUUCGCCGUCCCGCCGCCGGCGCCGAACAUCACCGAGGACGAGAGCUACCACGAAGCUCCGACAUCUGCGUUCGGCGGCGUCCUCUCCCCGCCCCUCUCGCCACUGUCGUCGCUGGACUCUGGUUUGACCCCGGCCUCGCUCCUGGACGAUGACCCGCCACUGUUCUUCGCCUUGCCGCCGUCCUCACCCCACCCCUUGGGUCACCACCCUGUCUCGCUGAGACCGUCAGAGCCUGUCUCGCCUCCUGCCAAGGACAGCUUCUCCUCAGCUUUGGAGGAGAUCGAGGAGCUGUGCCCCAUCGCGGUGACAACCUCUACUACCUCCUCCCUACCUUUGUCUCCUCCACCUUCACCCCAGCCCCCACCCUCUCUACCAGCAGGGAUGGACAUGAAAGAGGAAGGGAGGACAUACAGCCCGAAGGACAAGGAGUCGCUCUUGCUGGACGAAAGCCAGGCUGCAAAAAAUGUGUUGGCAGACCCUCCCGGCACCCCCGCAGACAUAUCGCCCUCCUCCGGGGGCUUCCUCACUGACUUUGCCCUGGACGACAUUCUAUUCACGGACAUCGACACCUCCAUGUAUGACUUUAACCUCCCCUGCGGCGCCUCUUCAAUACCGCCGAACUUGGGGGUGUCCAAAACGACCCCCAUGGUCACUGCGGACGACCUGGUCAAGACUCUGUCCAGUUACAGUGGGGGAGGGGCGGGCUCUCCCCCUCUGGCCCAAAACCAGCCCUUCAAAAUGGACCUGGCUGAGCUCGACCACAUUAUGGAAGUCCUGGUGGGGUCUUGACUGACAUCGGGGUCGUGUUCAAUAGGCACAAAAAGGAAGAAAACUGAAUGAAACGGCAAGUCGCUUGUCCAAUAAGAAAUGCUCAUUUACAUUUUCCGUUUUGCUACGGUGUGCCCUUAAUGAACACAACAAACCGGAUAAAAAGUGCCGUAGGCGGCGAAAUAUUAAACUUAUUUUUUCUUUUUUUUCAAUGUCCGGAAAUUGUAAGAGAGACUUCACCAGAGACGUUUUAACUACACUGUGCAUGCGUUGUGCUCGCCUUUCCAAAAUGGAAACAAAAUGUUGAAUAUACUGUAUGGAAUGCAUUGAUUUGAUUGCAAUUUGAGUGCCUUUUGUCUGUACUAUUACCCUGUUCCUUGAUUUCUAUUGCUUUUUUUGUCUUUUUUUUUGUCAACACAGCCAUACAUUUUUUUUUCUCUACUCCAAAUGCAAAGAUAUAUCUUUUUGCAUACAGCACCAUGGGUAUACACUGAUGCGUCCAAAUUGAGGGUACUUUAAAAAUAUUUUGUAUAUGGACAGCUUAUCAAUGUUAUUGAAUUUUUCAUAGGCCUCAUUCAAGUUUUUUUGUCUACUAUAUUUUAAUGUAUUAUUCAUAAUUUGUUAGUUGAAUAUCAUACUGCUGUGUAUGAGCUUUCAACUCUAUUUGUAGACGGACUAUGUUUCCUUUUCCUGUAUGGCAUGUUUUGAAUUUGCUCAAUUGAUCUGACUCAAAAGGAUAUCAAGUGAAAUACAAGGGUAACCUUGCAAGGUCUUUUAGUUCAGUUCAAACACAAUUGCAGACAUCAAGAAAUAUUUUGAAAAUAAUUUGAACUAAGUGAUUAUGAAGUUAUUUAUUAUUAUUUUCAGGUGUACACAUAUUUAUUCUAACAUGACACUAACAUUUGGGUUGUACAGAACAUGCAGUCAAAUUCUGCCAAGAAAUGCUGUGUAAUAUAUUUGACCCUUGUUUUGUUUUUCAGGGAAGUGAAUGGCGGUAGUGUGUUGGGCUAUGUCUCUGGUGUUUGGCAAUCGAUCAGUCGGGAAACAGUUAGCCAACAACUUUGUCAGUGAUGACUUUAUUAAUCCAAAGCCUUUAAAACAAAGCAUUUCUCAUCAGUCAGUGGCAAAAAAAUGUAUGCUGCUUACUAUUCUUUGCAUUAUUGUUUAUUAUUCUUAUUAAAAAAAAAUGGAAGCAAAUGUGGUCAUUUCCAGUCAUCUCGCCGAUUUUUAAGUUGACCUGUUUUCAAGAACGGCUGUAUUUUAACACUGACCUUGAAUCUGUGCCUUGUUCUAUGCAAUAUGUAUUAAUUGGUCUGAAAUAUCUGAUUUAUUUUUAUGUAUAAAUGUGCAUACGAUUUCAAUGCAGUUAUACUUUUGUAGAUUUAUUUUAUACAAUAAAUGAAACGUCAACAAUU